AUGAUCCAUGAAAAAUCAUCUUGGGAUUCAGCGCUACUUGAAAGGCUGCUUGGGAGUUGGCGUCUUGCUCGACGAAGCUGUUCUCAUGAAUCUUUCUCACUGUUCCUACACUUUUGUUCGGGUUUGACGCAGACUGGAGUGGAUAUUUUUAAAAACCUGCUGGCCUUUGCCUUGAGUGAUUUCUACGAUGUCGAAUACUCGAUAGCUAACCCGAAAAGCGUCAGUAGCCGUACCCGCGGGGUGAGACAUGAAGCGCAGGGUAACUUUGUAUGA